UACAAAAUGAAAAUAAAAGUGUUGACUCGGACAAAGAAGCUUCUAGCGUCGUCUUACGAUACUCUGUCUAUCAGGGAAAAUGCUUUGGUGUGUGACUCUUAUUCUUGUCAGCUUUAUUGAAUCUCGAUCAGAGAGUUUACAGGUUAUUGGUCCAGAAGAGCCUCUGGUUGCUGUAGCUGGUGAAGCUCUGGUUCUGCCCUGUUUUACCAAACCCAACACCAGUGCUGUGGACAUGACAGUGAAGUGGUUCAAACUCGAUGUAAAGGACUCAUUAGUGCAUCUCUAUAGGGAUCAUGAAGACAGAAAUGAAGGUCAGGCUCAGUCCUAUAGAGGAAGAACAUCACUGUAUAAAGAGGAGCUACAGAAAGGCAACACUUCACUCAAACUGUCAGAUCUCAGAGUCUCUGAUAGGAGAAUAUGAGUGAAUGAAGGAGAAUAUGAGUGUCUUGUUCAGGACAAAUCCUUGUACGAUGACAUCACUGUGAAGGUCAUUGUAGAGGCUCAGGGAAGCCACCCAGUGAUAAUGAUGGAGAGUUAUGAUAACUCAGGAGGGAUUAAUCUAGUGUGUGAGUCCAGAGGCUGGAAACCUGAACCUGUUGUUCUGUGGCUGGACAGAGAAGGAGUCACUCUGACUGCUGAAGAUACACAGAUACACAGAGACACUGAGGGCUUCAAUGUGAAAAGCCGCAUCUCUGUUUAUGAUUAUAGCGACUCUAACAGGUUUUACUGCAGACUUCAGCAACAACAUCACAUGAUGGAGACAGAGAUUAUCAUCAAUAGUAAAGUCUUUGGUGCUUGGAAGUGGAAUGUUGGGAUUUCAGUUUCAGCAUGUCUUAUUGCUGUUGGAUUGAUCAUAACUGCAUUUGUUUGUUACAAGAAAGAGAUGAAGAAGGAGAAGGAGUACAAAGAGAGGCAGAUACAGAGGCUGAAAGAUGUGAUGAAGAACAAGGAGAACACAGAGAGGCAGAUACAGAGACUGAAAGAUGAACUGCAGAGACUGAGUGUGGAAUACGAGUUAUUAAAGAAGAAGAAGUAUGCAGUGGAUGUGACUCUGGAUCCUGAUACAGCAAAUCCUGAACUCAUCCUGUCUGCUGAUGGAAAAGAAGUGACAUGUGGAGACAGAUGGCAGGAUCUCCCUGAUACACCACAGAGGUUUAAUUAUUAUCCCUGUGUUCUGGGAAAUCAGAGUUUCUCUACAGGGAGAUUUUAUUAUGAGGUGCAGGUCAGAGGGAAAACUCACUGGACAUUAGGAGUCGUGAGAGAGAACAUUAACAGGAAGAGGUGGAUUACACCGAAACCUCAGGAUGGAUUCUGGACUGUGGGGCUGUGGAAUGAGAAUCAGUAUGAGGCUUGUGCUGAUCCUGAUGUCCCCCUCACACUGAGAGAGAAGGUGGAGGUUGUGGGGGUGUUUGUGGAUUAUGAGGAGGGUCUGGUCUCCUUUUAUGAUGUAAAGUCCAGAUCUCAUAUCUACUCUUUCACUGGUCAGUCUUUCACUGAGAAACUCUAUCCAUACUUCUGUCCUUGUGAUAAUGAUGGAGGUAAAAAUUCAGCACCACUGAUCAUCUCUCCUGUAUUUAAUACUGAAUGAAUUUUCACCUCACAACUAUAAUCAUCUAUUAAAUGUUGAGAAUAAAAAGAAACAUUUUACUUUUUUAGUUAAAUUUUAGAAACACAUUUUCCCUUUUAAAAUGUUGUACAGAUUAUUUUAAUACCUGGUUUUAAUUGUAAUCCUAAAGUCUGUUUGUUAUGAUUGUGACAUUAUGCUUGUGGAACUUUGUCAUUACAAAUCACAUAUAAAUAAAGAUCAUUUACAGUUUACUCUGAUUUUUACUGUAGAAUUUAAUUUGAUGAAUAAAAUGUGAGCAGGAUUUAAAUGUCCACAAGCACGAGAAGUGACACUGUGACACGAGAGUGUUAGAGCUCUGGCUCCCUCUGGUGGUGAUAAAGUGCAAGUGGAACUGUUACUAUCUACUAUCUACUACUACCACUACAACUGCUAAUAAUAAUAAUAAUAAUAAUAAUAAUAAUAAUAAUAAUAAUAAUAAUAAUAAUAAUAAUAAUAAUGGUAAACAACAUGGAUCAUAGUGAUUUUUGUAUCAGGCCACACAAUUUUUAGAUGAAAAAAAAAUACUGAAAAUAUAUAAACGUAAUGUGACAUGUUUCUUAUUACCCAGAUGUGUCCUGUUAGAUUGAUCAUUUAAAUAAUAAAUAGUUCUGAACAUCUACACUUGCUUUUAGUCUCCAGUUUUACUUGUGAAGACUGAAUGUGUUGUUAAAAAGGAAAACAUUUUAUAUUUCUCAUCUUUGACAGACUCUGUUAUAUUAUAAUUGUUGAUUCACUGUGUUCUCUGUGUUAAUGAAAUGAUUUAAUAAAAUUUGACAAGGCAGUGGGCCACUCUGUAUAUCUCUCUGUUAAAAUACUCAAAUGAAUAAAAUUACUUUU